AUGGCUCGUGCGAAAGAAGAAGCACGGUUACGUGCAAAGGGGGAUGUAGUGAGGUUGCACUACAAUGAAAGACCCGAAGUUGGCCGUGAAGCCAGAGAGUCCAGCCCGAUCAUUCGCUUACGAGGGUUCAAUAAUUGGGUGAAAAGUUGUCUUAUCAGCAAGUUUGUUACCGAUGAAGAUACUCACCGCAGUGCGUAUUGUCAUGGGUCAAGGAGGGGGCCUUGGGUUCUCGAUAUGGGAUGCGGCAAGGGCGGUGACCUUCUAAAAUGGCAGAAAGCCCGUAUCAGUCGCUAUGUUGGAGUGGACAUUGCUGAAAUCUCUAUCAUGCAAGCUAGGGACCGUUACAGAGAUCUGCGAGGCAGACCAUUUGAUGCAGAUUUUCAUGCCGUCGACUGUUUUUCAGAGCCCCUAAUCAACAUCCUCGGCCCUAAUCAUCCGUCGUUUGAUGUCAUCUCCAUGCAGUUCUGUAUGCAUUAUGCUUUUCAGUCUGAAGACAAAGUACGAUGCAUGCUGUCCAAUGUGUCGCGCUGGCUUCGUCCCGGGGGUAUCCUUAUUGGGACAAUCCCAUCCAGCGACACGAUUGUGGACAAAGUAAAAGCUUUGAAGAGCGGCGAAAAGGGGUGGGGUAACAGCAUCUACCGAGUCGAAUUUCAGGGGGAGCCUCAAACGACAUUCCGCCCUCCUUGGGGUCACAGUUACCGUUUCUUUUUGAAGGACGCCGUGGAGGAUGUACCGGAGUAUGUUGUACCAUGGGAAGCAUUCCGAGCGCUUGCUACUGAAUAUGACCUUUCUAUGCUUUACCGACGGGGCUUUCACGAUGUAUUCCAUGAUGAAAAGGACGAUAGGAAUCUUGGGCCGUUGUUGGACAGGAUGCUUAAGUUGCAGCAUGAUGAAAGCAGGGAGAAUUUGGUGAGUGGUGAUGAGUGGGAUGCAGCGGGCUUUUAUCUAGCGUUUGCUUUCAGGAAAAGUGGAGCGUGA